AUGCUUGACUUCCGAAGCAUGUGCAAAUGACACAACCUCACAUCCAUACCUCCAGGAGCUUUUCAUAAUAGUGACGCUGUCGGUUGUCGUGCAAUCGGAUUGCUGCUACCUUGAGAAAACUUUGUCGAUCAAAGUUUAUAAAGUUGAGUAUUUAAAGGAGAAAAUAUCAAUCGCACUAGGCAUUCUGAAGGAGGGAAAGAAACUAUUGGAUACACAAAAGGAAAUAUUUAGGAUUUCAAUUGUUGCUUUGAGGGUAUGAAUUUUCUACUGCUGGAUUCAUUCUCAAAGGAGGCCCUCGAUACGAUCAACAAGUUUCGGGAAAAGCACCAGUCCCCUCCUUUAAAAUGGUCUCGCGGGCUUGCCAAGGACGCAGAGGCCUGGGCUCGAGAAUGCGCUCAAUCUAACACACUUAGUAGCGCCGAUACUGAUGAUGGAGAGAAUAUAUACGGGUUGUCUGGAAGGGCGGAGGUGAAAGGGCACGAGCCCAUAGACAAGUGGUACGACGGCAGUAAAAAUUACAGCUUUGACAACCCUGGGUUCAAGAGAGAUGCGGGAAACUUUACCCAGCUAGUAUGGAAGUCAAGCAGAGAGGUCGGCAUAGGCAAAGCGAUAUCCUCAUCCGGGAAUGCUGUGGUCGUCGCCCGGUUCAGACCCGCGGGUAAUGUGCAAGGGCGCUAUGAACAAAAUGUCUUCCCUGCCAAGGGCUCGAAUUCCCCUUCCUCUACUACCCGUGUUUAUUCUUCAAGAAUUGAAAAGCAUGAUUCUAAACCGUUGAGCACGGAGCACCCAAGUGGUAGCCGUGAAAAAUCUUGGAACGACAAAAAAGACGAUUUGUUCAAGAAAUUUGAAGACUUGGGAAUCCGGCAUAAGGAAAAAGACAAAGGGGGGAAGACGAAAGAAACGGUAAAAGCGACAAUGACAACCUAUGAACGUGGUCCUGGCGGAAGGACAGUCAUUACGAAAACAGUUGUGACCAAAGCGGGUGACGGUGGGAGUCCACAUUCAGUCCACCGUGAGAUCCGUACCACGUACAAACACGAGGGCGACAAUGAUUCGGGCUGGAAGGGCGGGGCAAGAAGGAAUUACGAUAAUGACGAUUUUUUCAAGAAUGACGAUAUUGGCUCUCGCUCAUACAGACGGGAAGAGAAGAAGAAAGAGUACAGUCCGCAGAUUUCAAGGACGCAAGUGAAAACUGACAGGCCUUCAUCUGGCGGGGGAAGUGCACCAAAAUCCAGCACACCAAUAGACAGAUCCUUUAAGAACCAAUGCGUUGACAACCACAACAAGUAUCGCGCGAUGCACUCGGCACCUCCCCUCAAGUGGUCGGACGAGCUGGCUCGAGAGGCACAGUACUAUGCCGAGAAACUUGCUCAGCAACGCUCGAUGCAACACUCAAGCAAGUGCAGUCGGAACGACGCAGGGGAGAAUCUAGCUAUGUUUUCAGGCCGUUAUGACACUGCGGGCGACAUGGCGUGCGAGAUGUGGUACGAGGAGUCAAAAAAGUACAGUUUUGUUCGUGGAGGCUUCCAGGGGGGGACAGGGCACUUCACCCAGAUGGUAUGGAAGGGGAGUAAGGAGUUAGGCAUGGGUCGUGCCAAGACGAGCGAUGGUAGAUGCACUUAUGUGGUGGCGCGCUACCAGCCUGCGGGAAACAUCGUCAACUACAUGUCCGAGAACGUGUCACCCAAACGCUGUUAGAAAAUGGGGCCCUAGCCUUUCCGUGCUGCAAUGGAGAUUCCCGAACUCAAUACUUAUAUAUAUUUCACGUAAUAUUUAACCAGCGCACCACGUUUCAUGCAUCAUAAGGGGCGAAUC